UUCAUGGAUUCCUCAUCUUCUUCAUCAUCACUACCCAUCACGAGAGAAGAGUUCAAUGCUUUCCACAGUUUUGACAGAGCGCUUUUCACUCGUAUUGUCGUAAGUCUAAAAGAAGACAUUACCCAGUCUUUUCAGGUCAUGUCCUUUCUAAUCUAUCUCGAUAGAAGUGUUUGCGGGAGCAAACUAAUCAGCAAUCUUGUUUCUUUACCUGACCAUUCCAUCAACACCGUCGUUGACGAGGUCCAGAUAUGUCGACGUUGCUUGUCCUACACACAUUUCCCAACGUUCCUGGCCAGCAUGGGGAGCAUCAACGCCGCAUCCAUACCUUGGAUCAGGCGUAUGACCGGAGAGAAGUUGACUCUCGCAGUCAUCCACCUGAAUCGCAACGAAAUUAUCCUUGAGAUGACAGAUAUUUUAAACACUAUAUGCUACCCAGCUUUCGAGGAUAUAUGCGUUCUCUUUGAGACGCACAAGGAGAGGAAGUUUAUUCAGUUCUUGUGUGGUCAACAAGGAACAAGUAAUCGUGUAGCAGCAGGAACAAGCAACGUUGAGGGUCAGCACGUAAGGGCAGAUGACAGGACUAUCUUCCUCAAAUUUUCUAAAGGAUACCCGAUCUCUGAAGCAGAAGUGCAUGAUUACUUCACCAGGAGAUUUGGAGAUAUUGUAGAAGCAAUACACAUGGGUGGAGGGAAAAGGAAGGACCAAGCGAUGUAUGCAUGCAUGGUGUUACGUUCUGCCGCCAAGAUUCCAGAGAUUGUAAGCGAUGGGCUUGACAGGACCAAAUUCACCAUUAAUGGAAAAUAUUUCUGGGCUCGAAGAUUCAUUCCCAAUCGCAAAAUCCGUUAAAUAAUCUUCUUAUUUGAUCUUGAGGAGUUCCAAGGGCAUAUGCAUGUGCCCUCCUCUUAAAUAAACUUGGGACCUAUUUUAUUUUGGAUGGGGGACUUUUAUUUGGUUGGUGAUUGAUAUUUAUCUCAAAACUAUUUAGCAUCGACUCAAAUUUGUUUGUUUACAUCUUUCAAUUUCUAUACUUUUCCCUCUUUAAGCAAUAUAAUCUCCCUUGUCCCCAAUGGCUAUGCUAAUCUCUGCAUCUGCAUGCUGGCCACUCUUGGACCCAAAUGAAUGUUUUGGGAAAUCCUUAUGAAAGGAAAAGACUUUCAGCUGUGAUAAAAUUAACUUACAAAUCUCUCUGUAAACAACACACUAAGCAAAAGCAAACACUCACCUUACACGUUUUCUAUCCUC